GCAUUUCCUUCCGUUGCCAUGACGAUUGACGACAAUCAAUAAUAACAGAUGCAGAAAUUACCUAGCACCUAGCUCUAGCCCGGGUUAGUAAUAAACCGUCAUUGUUGACACACAAAUAAAUUCAAUUCGGUAGUAGAGACACAGAAAUGCCAAUAUUUGGAAGUAAAUUUUCACCGAAGAAAAUUCCUACGAGAAAAGCCAAUGCGGAAAAUGUUCCUAUUAAUUUGACAGAGACGAGAGUGCACUUGGAUCUGGGGGACCAGAAGUUUGCUUUUGAACGAGGAAACUGGGUACCAGAAGAUCAACAGCCCCAACAAGGUAUGACAUAUAGAAAUAGACAACGAUUGAAGAAGAAAAUACAGGAACUGGAAGAAGAAAAUAACAUGUUAAGGUUAAAGUACGAAAUGAUGUUAAAUAUGCUAACACAGGCAGCUUCCGAGGGACAAAUAGUCUACCCGGAUUUAGAAAAGUUCCGGAAAAAGAAAAAGUAGUACUGCGUAAAUCAUUGUAAAUAAACACUUUUCUUUUA